GAUAUAUCGAACAGCAAGCUAGUGUGGUCCAGGAUCACUUGAUCUCAAGUGGAAAGAAGAAAAAACAAUACAAGAUGGCAGAAGUAGCCAAACAGAUAAAAGUGACAGAUGCAUCCAGUGGAGAUGAUGAUGUUCCCCCUCCACCUCCUCUACCAAGACCUCAGGUUCUGCAAUCACUUCAAAAAUCUGAAAGCCAGAACUUCCUGCCUGUACCACCUCCAAAAGAAACCUUCUCAGAGUUCUACCAACAACAACAAAAAAGUGAACUGAAGCGUCUUUUUAAACACAUUCAUCCUGAACUGAAGAUGAAUCUUGAUGAUGUUGUAGACGAAGAACUGAUAGGUGCAAUAAAUCCCCAAGCAUUAGAUACAGCAUAUCAGGGAGAAGUCCAGUCCAUGCGCUGGAUAUUUGAGAACUGGACUCUUGACAACAUUGGAGACCCACAUGAAACUAAAAAGCUUCUCAAUGAGGAAAAUCUUCAAGGUGGGGAUGUGAGGGGCAAAUCAUCUUUAUUUGAGCAUUCAGUGUUUGAUAGUCAACACACAACAGUGGGAGAGAGGCCAGGUAUAGUCAAAGGAGAUGUUCGCACGGCCACGUGGUUGUUUGAGACGCAGCCCCUAGAUUCAAUAAGUCAGACAAAGAUGGAGAAUGAGGAAAUGGUGGAGGUCGUACUGAAGGAACCCGUUCAGAAGGGAGAUGUGAGAGGUACACGUCUCCUGUUUGAAUCCAAACCACUGGACGCUUUAGGCCGCUGCUGCUCAGUUGAAGACCAACAUUUCCUAAAACUCAAAUCAGAACUCCAGGAGAACAAAGGAGAUGUGAAGAAAACAGUCGAACUCUUUCAAGCAGAUCCCAGUUGUGCGAUUAAGGAUAGCAGUGGCAAAAUCCAUGAAAUCAAAUCAAUCUGUAGAGAAGAAAUCCAGGGCAGUGACUUUAAAACAGCACGUUGGCUUUUUGAAACCCAACCCUUGAACGACAUUAAUAAACGAGCUGGUGUGCAGAUUAUUCGUGGGAUCUCACUUGAGGAAGCCCAGAAAGGUGGUGUUGAUGAGAAAAAAUGGAUGUUUGAAACCCAACCGCUUGAUGCAAUUCAUGAAGGUGCUAUGUUCAAAGGAAUGGUGGAGGGCAUCUCUGGGGAAGCAGAUGUUCAUAAUAAACUAAAGCUAUUUGAAAACCAACCCCUGUCAUCUCUUAAAGGAAAGUCUGAGGGUGAAAUUUCAGAGGAGGAGGAAAUAAUUGGAGGAAAUGUAGGAUCCACACUAUGGCUUUUUGAAACUCAGCCCAUGGAUGCUCUGAAAGACAACUAUGAGGUGGGACAGGAACGUGUCAAGGAAAUAUUUGAAUCCAAGUCACUUCAUGAAAUUGGAAGUGAAUUUGUCAAAGACUCUAAGGAGCAGAAAGAUGAAAUUCAGUCUGGAUCAGUCCACAAAUUCACUUGGCUGUUUGAGAAUCAGCCUAUCAGUGACAUUAAUGAGAAGGAGGACAAAAUCACUUGCAGUGUCAGUGAUGUUGAGGGUGGUGAUGUUGGAAGCAAGAAGUUUAUUUUCGAAACUUUCUCUCUGGACAAAAUUCAGGAUAAAGACAAACUACUUAAGCACCAGUCAAUGAGUGUCGAGAAUCCCACAAGCAGUAGUGGAAAUGUAAAGUCCAGCAGUAUGCUUUUUGAAUCCCAGCCGUUAUAUGCAAUAAGAGACAAGGACGGACAGUUUCAUGAAGUUACCACUGUAAAGAAAGAAGAACUGAUGAGAGGAGAUGUCAGGGGUGCAAGGUGGAUGUUUGAAACCAAGCCACUGGACACUAUUCAAGCAGACAAAGAAAUCUACGUAAUCCGUGCAGUUACACAAGAGGAUGUGUGCAAGGGAGAUGUGAAAUCAGCACGAUGGAAGUUUGAGACUCAGCCCUUUGACUCCAUCACACCUCGUGAAGGGCCAUCGGUGAGGGUUGUUGAAGAUAUAGGCAAUGGGAAAAGUGUGCAACAAAGCAAGCAACUCUUUGAGACUGAUCAAGCAAACCAAAAGAAGUUUGUGCGAAUGGUGAGUGUUACAGACGUUCAACAAGGUGAUGUACGUACCUCAACCUGGCUGUUUGAGAAUCAACCGAUUGAUACUCUUAAAGGUGAGCCAGAUGAGAAUAAUACCUUGACAACUGUACAUCGAGAGGAUAACACAAAGGGAGAUGUAAAACGCUGCACUUGGUUAUUUGAAUCACAGCCCUUAGAUAAAAUAAAGAAUGAUGAAUCUACUGAAGAGCUUGCCUCAUCAAAGGAAGAAAUCCCCAAGACAGAUGUCAAAAGCACAACCUGGUUAUUUGAGACUACACCGCUGGACAAAAUCACUGUAGAGAGUGUGACAGACAUACUGUACCGCCUUUGCCAUUAUUCAUUCAUUCAUUCAAGUGGAAUCAUCAUCCAGGCAAAUGAUUAUAAGUAUGUAAACAUGGCAAAAUAUCAGAUUGUGCAAAGCGAGGGGCCUAAAGUUCAAAAGGAGGAAGUUGUUGAAGGAAACAUCAGGAACAUAAUGUUGCAGUUACUGUUCAAACCAAACCUGAAACCUAAAGUUGUUCUACUGAAAGAGGAUGAACAAGGCAAGAUGCACAGCACAGUGCUUGAAAUCCCAUUUCAACAGUCUGGAUACACAGAUAACCCUGAGGCAGAGUGUAAGACGCAAGAAGCAGUUAAAAUUAUUGAGAACUUGCUCAUCCAACAAAAAACUAUCAAGACAGGCUUGGUGAUGCAAGAAUCUGAAGGUGGGCAACCAGAGAUGACAGUGUAUUCCCUCCAGUGUCAAAGCUGCUUGACUGAGUCACAAGACAUUGCACGAGGAGAUGUCAAAUCCACCAUUGGCAACCUCCUCGCCACUGUCCACAAUCAACAGACCAAAGCUUCUUGCAGACUAGAACAAAACGAAAGGGGGAAUGUUGGUUUGUAUCGAAGCUGUAUUGAAAAGGGUGACCUUAAGAGCCUACAGCAAGAACUUUCUGAGGAGGAACUGUCAGCCUCUUGUAGAGAUAAAAUUGAAAUUAUUCAAGGUGAUGUAAAGGAAGCAAAGCGACACCUAAUUCAACAAAGGGAGCAAGCUGAAAGAACAGUAAUGGAUGUUAUACCAGGAGAUGUGAAGAAUGCCAAAAAGGUUUUCUCAGAGGUCUGCAUUGACCUUGGCAUUGGAAACUGUGUGCCAAAGGAGGAGAUUGUCAAAGGUGAUAUUUUGUCUGCCAUGCAGCAACUUGAUGAGGCAAUCAAACAGCCAGUCAUGGUCCAGAAGGAGGAAAUUGUUUCUGGGGACAUUAAAGCAACCCUUGAAUCCUUGGAACAGGCAAAACAACAAAGCAAGCAUUUGGAGCGUGAGGUCAUCAAACCAGGCACUAUUUAUGAUCUGAAUAUAGAAGCAGAAGAAACGUGCUUAGAAGAAAAUGAAAGGACAUUAAUUAAGGAGGAAAUUAUUUCAGGGGAUGUUAAGGCUGCCAAAAGAUCCCUGGAGAGGGCAAAAAACCAAAGCAUGAGAGUAGAACGGGAACCUGUCACUCCUGGAAAGCUAUAUAAUCUAAAUGAAUCAUCUCAGUGCCAAAGCAACACAACAAUGGAGCAGUCUACGACAUCGUCCUUGAGUAACCAGCGGAUUACUACAACAUUUCGAAAGUGACCGGAAGUGAGCAUCUGACCAUCUCGGCACUCAAUUCAGAAUCUGUUAGCUCCAGCACGGACUAUUCAAAGCCCUCUAACACUUUUGCAGGAAAGGAAGAACAUCCCACCAAAAACUGGUAAUCAGGUUAAAGAUCAGAAACCAGUUAUUCCACCAAAGCCAUUGCAUAUCACCACCAGCUCCAAGCAUAUUAAAGAAACCCCACAUGUUUGUCCAAGCUCACUUGGGCAUAUUAACAAGCAACA